AUGGCGCCGAACGGGUUCCAGCUGCUGCCAAAGGUUUGCCUUCGAGAAGCAUCCCGGACUGUUCGGGCACGACUGCCAGAGCCAGCCCAAGCCAUUAAUUCUCAACUCCAGCCCGUAUACGCGCGCAUACAACACCGGCAACCUAUCAAUCGCAUCGCCGCAAUUCGCCAAAACCAAAGUCGGCGCUUUUCUACAUUUCACAUUUCACGACGCUUCGCCACCGGAUCGGUCAGGUCGUCCAAAAUUGGCACUGCGGUAAACCGCUUGACGACGCGGGCUCCCUUUGCUUCAACACUCAGGCCAAAUCUCACUGGCGGCGCAUUUUGUCGGACCGCCGGUGGAUAUGCGGUUGGAGCCGGUCGCGUUGGCGGAGCGAGAUAUUUCUCAAACGGUCCUACUUGCCCAGCCCAGGUCGUACACAAUGUAUCCGCGGGAGUCCGGGCUUUCUGGCUUUCUGGACAAAGGGCCAGAUUCGAUGGUAUCGAUAAGAAAACGGGCUGCAAGAGAUACAAGACGGUUACCGCCUUGCAGCAGGAGGCGGGGCGCAAAAUGAAUGCGGUCCCUCGUGUUGCUCCUGGCUCGUCUAUAGAUUUUAAACUGCCACCGGUUAUAACUGCUUUUGGCUGUCUUGAGCAGACGCAAGCGUCUUCCGUCUCCCAAAUCUAUGAAGGGAUCAAUUUGAACACACCCACUUUGAUGGACUUGCUCUCUGUGGAUUUCGCGCGCGCUUUGAAGGAGUUUGCCGCCGUUCUCAACGAUCUGAAGAAGCUUUCUACUUUGGGAGACCUUCCGGUUUCGCUACAAAGUCAGUCGACGAUUCGUGUUCGUUUCCCUGGAUGCGAUGCAGAAACGGUUGAGCGCUUAUGCGUCGAGGUUGGCGUUCAGCGUGGAAUCAUCCAUCAGGAUUCAGAUUUCGAAGCACGAAACGGCACUGACAUGGCGCUUCUUUUCCCGUUUGCUCCCAGCCACCAAGAGUCCGAGGCUGAUCUUUUCUCCGUCUACGAUCCACCCGUGGCAAUGCCCGACAAGGUCGAUUGGCGCCAAAUGAUGCUCUCUGAUGCCACGCGGCCAUCCACCAGUAGCAAUUGCGGAGACUACCAGUAUAUAUCCAGUAUAGAGAAGAAUCCCUGGACUCGGACGCACUCGGGAUACUCGAGUAUGGAUAUCAGCGACCUUGGAGACCGAGCGUUCUUCCCUGACGUGCUGGAAGCGGCCAGUCACAGCGCAGGAUCUGAUUUUGGCGGUUUUGAAGGGAUUUACAAAUUCCUUGAAGAGUGCGACCGGGCACGGCGGUAG